UAAAUAGCUGGCUCUACACUUGGCAUUGGCAUAGUCAUUGCAAAAUGCCCUCGAACACUGGAGCUUGGAUUCUACUGGGCGUGCUGGCCGGCAUCGCCUCUCUGGCUAGCGCUGCAAAUAUACAGCGAAAUGAAGACCAGACGAUUCAUCAAAGCAAUGGGAACACCUUCCUGUCAAACGGAGCUGGGCAAAUCAUUCGGGGACCCGAUGGCAGAACAGUUUUGAUUGGAUCCGAUGGGCGCAGGAUCAUCACCGACGCCGACUACAGUGAUUAUGAUAUGCCGCGGGAUUAUGACUACAGUGGAAACUUUAACAACGUUAUCAUCAACGGUGGCUCGGGAUCCAGCGUAUUUCAGAACAAUGGACAUAGCUCCGCCUUUGGAGAUUGGAGUCAAGGAAGUUACGUCAGCAGUAAUGGACGUACUAUAAGGGUCAUAAAUGGUGCCAUGGAGCUGAAUGAUCACGGACAGGUGUACACAUUCAAGCCAAAAGCAGCCGGUGUUAACGAAAAGGAAACUGUCACCAUCAACGGACAACCGGCCCAGGUGGAGUACACCAAUGGCGAUAUAGUCGUCGAACUGGCUGAUCACACGGUGAUUGCCAAGAUUGGUGAACGCACUUUUGUGGGCGAUCGCGAAUCCUUCGACAAUCGCGAUAAAUUAGAGGCGGAGGCAAAGAACUAUGCCGCACGUAUCCACCAGCAGGUGCAGGACAAUAUCCGGAAGACCAUGGAAGACAUUCAGAGAAACCUUCAGGGUUCCAUGGGCCAUAUUUUCUACUAGAGUCCAAGUAAUCCUACACGAGUCGCUCGUAAUAAAGCGCAUUUGCAGCAAU